CAUACCAUAGCAGCACUCUACGCACUCUUCUAUGGCACCCAAGGAAUUCUGUCUCCCCUUGUAUGAAAAAAUUGCUCGUAAAAACACUAUCCACAGAGCAUUGGAUAUCACUCUAUUGUUCCUUCUCGCUUCCCUCCUGUUUUAUCGACUCCUUGCUCUUAAGAACCAUGGAUUUGUCUGGCUCCUUGCUUUCUUAUGCGAGUCAUGGUUCACUUUCAACUGGUUUCUCAAUGUCAGCUCCAAAUGGAAUCCUGUGGAAUUCAAAACGUAUCCAGAAAACCUUGAACAGAGGUUUCCGGAGCUUCCCCCUGUGGACAUGUUUGUGACGACAGCAGACCCCGUGGUAGAGCCGCCGAUUAUGACUGUAAACACCGUUCUCUCUUUGUUGGCUGUUGAUUAUCCAGCUCAUAAACUUGCUUGCUAUGUAUCCGACGACGGCUGCUCCCUUCUCACCUUUUACUCUCUGGUGGAAGCUUCGAAAUUUGCCAAGCUUUGGGUCCCAUUUUGUAAGAAAUACAAAAUUCAACUCAGGGCUCCCUUUAGAUUCUUCUUGGACGAUCCUACAUCAUCCUCUGCAAAUUCUGAGUUCAAACAAGAAUGGAAAAAGAUCAAGGCUGAGUACGAGCACCUUAGCCUAAAAAUAGAGGAAGCAGGACGAAAAUCAACUCCAUGUGAUCUAAGUGGUGAGUUUGCUGUUUUCUUCGAGAUUGAACGCAGCAACCAUCCAACGAUCAUCAAGAUCAUAGCAGAGAACAAGCAAAGCUCUCGGGAUGAUGAUGUGCCACAUUUGGUUUACAUUUCCAGAGAGAAACGGCCGAAACAGCCACAUCAUUUCAAAGCCGGUGCCAUGAACGUUCUGAGUAGAGUGUCAGGAUUGAUGACGAAUGCGCCCUUCAUGCUGAACGUAGACUGCGAUAUGUUUGUGAACAAUCCACAAGUUGUUCGUCAAACAAUGUGUCAUCUUCUCGGUUCCAAGAGUGAAAGUGAAAUCGCAUUUGUUCAGCAUCCUCAACGCUUUUAUGAUGGACCGAAGGAUGAUCCCUACGGAAACCAAUUUGAUAUUUUUUUUGAAUAUGUGUUCCCUGGAAUAGCGGGAAUCCAAGGACCCUUAUAUGGCGGAACAGGAUGUUUUCACAGACGAAAAGUUAUCUAUGGUCUAUGGCCUGAUAACGCAGAAAAUCAGGGAAGAAAUCAUACAUCAAUUGAAGGAAAAUUAGAUGAUUGUGAACAGUUAAAAGUGUUUGGCAAAUCAAAGGAGUUUUCAGAAUCAGCAAUUUAUGCAUUGAAAGGGAAGAAGGAUUUUCCAAACAACCUUUCAGAUUCUCUUGAGGCAGCAUUCCCGGUUGCAGGUUGUGGCUAUGAGUUUGGUACAAGCUGGGGGACAAAAGUUGGAUGGAUAUAUGGAUCCAUGGCUGAAGAUGCCCUUACGGGGUUGGAGAUUCACAAGAAAGGGUGGAAAUCCACCUUUCUCGCACCCCACCCACCGGCCUUUCUAGGGUGUACGCCGUCUGCGGGUCCGGCAGUAAUGAGUCAACAGAAAAGGUGGGCUAUAGGCUUGUUUGAAAUCCUUGUUAGCAAAAACAGCCCUAUAUUUGCCACCCUGAAUGGAAAGCUCCAAUUCAGGAUGUUGUUAUUCUACAUCUGGUUGUUUUUAUGGGGCGUCUCCUCAAUUCCUGAGCUAUGCUAUACUGCUCUGCCUGCAUAUUGCAUCAUCGCCAACUCCCAUUUUUUGCCCAAGGUCCAGGAGCCAGCCAUAUUGAUUCCAGUUAUAACUUUUAUGAUUUACAACCUGGCCACUCUCAGGGAAUACUUGAAAACCGGCAUGUCCAUCCGAGCAUGGUGGAAUAACAUGAAAAUGGGAAGAAUAAUAGCAACCUCGGCGUAUUUAUUUGGAUUUUUAACUGUCGUCCUCAAACUGUUAGGGUUGUCUGAUACAGUUUUUGAAGUUACAAAAAAAGAUCAAUCUAAUUCCGACGGUGACGAAACUGACGGUACCACAAUAUUUACUUUCGAUGAGUCACCAAUUUUUGUGCCGGGCACGACCAUUUUGCUUGUGCACCUGACAGCACUGCUCGCCUUUUUCUUAGGGUUGCGACCAUUAGUUGAUGAUGUUGGGCAGGGAGUAGGGCUAGGGGAGGUCUUGUGCAGCCUAUGGGUGGUGCUAUGCUUCUUGCCAUUUCUGAAAGGGUUGUUUAAAAGAGGAAAAUAUGGGAUUCCUUCUUCCACCAUAUUCAAGUCUACUUCGUUGGCAUUAGUUUUUGUUUAUUUGUGUAGGACUUCUUGGGGUUGAGACUUGGAGUUUGUACUUUUUUAUAUAGAAGGGGCAUAGACCAUGAAAAAAGAGGAAAGAGAUUUAAGGAUCUUUGUAUCCUCUUAUGACCUCCUUAACUACUAGUCAAU